AUGCCUUUUGGAUUGUGCAAUGCUCCAGCUACAUUCCAAAGGUGUAUGAUGUCCAUAUUCACAGAUCUAAUAGAAGAGAUUAUGGAGGUUUUCAUGGAUGAUUUCUCAGUAUAUGGUUCUUCCUUUGAAUCAUGUUUGGGAAAUCUUGGAAGAGUGCUACAGAGAUGUGAAGACAAGCACCUAGUUCUAAAUUGGGAGAAGUGCCACUUUAUGGUUAGAGAUGGAAUAGUGCUUGGACAUAGAAUCUCAGAGAGAGGCAUAGAAGUUGACAAGGCCAAGAUUGAAAUAGCAAGGCCACUAACACGCCUAUUAUGCAAGGAUAUUAACUUUGAGUUCACAGAGGAGUGUCACAAGGCUUUCACUAAGAUCAAAGAUGCAUUGGUCAGUGCGCCAGUGGUUCAACCUCCAAACUGGGAACUACCUUUUGAGAUAAUGUGUGAUGCAAGUGAUUAUGCAGUAGGAGCAGUGCUUGGGCAAAGAAAAGACAAGAAGCUACAUGUGAUCUAUUAUGCCAGCAGAACGCUUGAUGAGGCACAAUGCAAGUAUCUUAUCAAGAAAGAUGCCAAGCCAAGAUUGCUGAGAUGGAUACUACUAUUGCAAGAAUUUGAUCUUGAGAUCAAGGAUAGAAGAGGAGCAGAUAAUGGAGUAGCUGAUCACCUUUCAAGGAUGAGAGUUGAAGAAAAUCUACCUCUUGAUGAUAGGCUACCUGAAGAAACAGUUUAUGCAGCUGAAGCUAGCAAUAAGCAUGGACAACUAAGCCAUCACAGGCCAGGAACAAAGAUCUCAUCAUCAAACACACCAUGGUUUCGCCACAUAGCAAACUUCCUUGCAGCUGAAUACCCACCACCAAACUUCUUUGGCUACAGAAAGAAGAAAUUUCUGCGUGAUGUAAGAAGGUACUACUGGGAUGAACCUUACUUAUACAAGAAAUGUUCAGAUGGAAUGUUUAGAAGAUGCAUACCUGAGGAAGAGGUAGAAGGAAUAUUGUUUGCUUGUCAUAGUUCUAGCUAUGCAGGCCACUUUGCCACUUACAAGACAGUAUCCAAGGUCCUACAAGCUGGAUUUUGGUGGCCAACUAUGUUUAAGGAUGCUCAUGCAUUCAUAUCAAGAUGUGAUGCUUGCCAAAGAAUGGGAAAUAUAAGCAAGAGGAAUGAGAUGCCACAGAACUUUAUACUAGAAGUUGAAGUUUUUGAUGUUUGGGGCAUUGACUUUAUGGGACCUUCCCAACCUCUUUUGGUGACCAAUACAUUCUAG